AUGGAUUUUAUUGGACCUAUUGAACCCGCAACUUCAAAUGGCCACAGGUUCAUUUUAGUUGCCAUUGACUACUUCACCAAGUGGUUGGAUGAAACGUCUCACAAAUUAGUAACAAAGAAAGUGGUAGCUGACUUUGUGCGAAAUCACAUCCUAUGCCGAUUCGGUAUACCCGAAUCCAUCAUAACAGACAAUGGAGCGAAUCUGAAUAGCCAUCUGAUGAAGGAUAUCUAUGAGCAAUUCAAGAUCACUCACCAAAACUCGACAGCCUACCGGCCACAAAUGAACGGAGCCGUAGAAGCAGCCAACAAAAAUUUCAAGAGGAUAUUGAGAAAAAUGACUGAUAAUUAUAAAGGUUGGCACGAGCAGUUUCUUUAUGCUUUAUUGGGAUACCGUACUAUGGCCAGAACUUCAACAGGAGCAACUCCAUAUCUGUUAGUCUACGAAUUGGACAACGCUGAAUGGGUCCGAGCUCGAUAUGAGCAAUUGGAUCUAAUUGAUGAGAAAAGGAUGGUUUCCGUAUGUCACGGUCAGCUGUACCGACAAAGCAUGGCAAGAUCCUUCAACAAGCGAGUCAGAACUAGACUUUUUCAAAUUGGGCAAAUGGUGCUCAAAAGAAUUUUCCCACAUCAAGAUGCAUACAAAAGGAAGUUUGCUCCCAACUGGAAAGGUCCUUAUGUGGUCCACAAAGUACUCUUCGGAGGAGCAGUAGUGUUGGCAGAAAUGGACGGACAAGAGUGGCCGAAGCCAAUCAAUUCAGAUACAGUCAAGUGCUACUAUGCGUAA